AUGGGCGAAUAUGGCACACUGGACACCAACACCAUCACCAGCAGCAGCAGUGCGUCCUCUGUUACGUCAAUUCUGAUGCCGAUGCCGAUGCCGAUGGCGGCAGCUGCCGUUCCACCGGGUUCCACCAUCACCGCAGCCGCCAUGUCGGUGACGGCCACAGGAAAACCUCCACCAUCUUGCUCCUCAUCGUCAUCCGGCGGUAGCGGACCAUCGCCAUCGAUGGUGGCAGCAGUGGCCGCAUCGAACGUCACCGCGAACCAAAUGCCGUGCAAUCACGUCCUAGCGUCGGUGUCCUCGUCCUCGGUUGAAGCGGAUGGGUACCAUUUCUACCACAAAGCUGGCGGUGGCAAUGGAUUGGCCGGAGUCGUCGGAAGCACGUCCGGAACUAGCCCUGGAGGCCACCACAAUGGGACUGGUGGCUCUAAAGGUGGUGGCCGAAUGAGUCACGAGUCCUCGUCGUCGUCCGGAAUGCCACGGCCAGCUGGAAGUGGAGCGACUACCAACGGUAACGGGAGCUCCGGCAACGGUGGCAGCGUGCGGGUAAAGUGCAAGGAUCCGAUACGUGUCGGUUUCUAUGAAAUCGAGAAAACGAUUGGCAAAGGCAACUUCGCCGUGGUCAAGCUGGCCCGUCAUCGAAUUACCAAAAAUGAGGUAGCGAUUAAAAUUAUUGAUAAGUCUCAGCUCGAUCCGAGCAACUUGCAGAAGGUGUACCGUGAGGUGGAAAUUAUGAAACGCUUAGACCACCCGCACGUCAUUAAGCUGUACCAGGUGAUGGAGACCCAGAGCAUGAUUUACAUAGUCUCGGAAUAUGCUAGUCAAGGCGAAAUUUUCGAUUAUAUCGCGAAGUACGGACGGCUUAAUGAACGUGCGGCUAGAAAUAAGUUUUGGCAGAUCCUAUCCGCCGUAGAAUAUUGUCACAAUAAGGGAAUAGUACACAGAGAUCUUAAGGCUGAGAAUCUUCUGCUAGAUUCCAAGAUGGACAUCAAAAUAGCAGACUUUGGGUUUUCUAAUUUUUACAAAAAGGGCGAAUUGCUUGCCACCUGGUGUGGCUCUCCACCGUACGCGGCUCCGGAGGUGUUCGAGGGAAAACGCUACACUGGACCGGAAAUUGACAUAUGGUCGUUGGGAGUUGUGCUGUAUGUGCUUGUGUGUGGUGCCCUUCCAUUCGACGGUUCCACGCUACAGUCGCUGAGGGAUCGCGUGUUAUCCGGACGUUUUCGCAUCCCAUUUUUCAUGAGCUCAGAUUGCGAGUCGCUUAUCCGCAAGAUGCUCGUGCUGGAUCCUUCUCGACGGUUCUCCAUCGAUCAAAUCAAGCGACAUCGUUGGAUGAUGGUCGAAAUAAUCGACACACCGAAGAUCAGCAGUAUCGUCAUCAACGGCAACGUGAGUGACGUCAGUGCCCUCGACACGGAACCAAACGAGCAGAUACUGAAGAUUAUGCAAAAUCUCGGCAUCGACAUCCUCAAGACCAGGGAAAGUCUAAAGCUCCACAGCUACGACCACUAUACGGCGUUCUAUUUGCUGCUUCUCGAGCGAUUGAAGAGCCGCUCGGUGACGCACGAGGCUGGAAACACCACCGGAAGUGCUGUCGGGGUUGGAAAAUCGGCCAUGCUCGAAUCACAACGCCGUCGUCCUAGCAACGUAGCCGAGCAAGCCAUGAGAAAGCUGGCCAUCAGUUCACAGCACAAAGCCGAUCAGUCAAGCUCACCAAAGCAUCAGCAAAUGCCACCCGCAGUGACAUCGGGCCUGACCAACCACAGUUCCGAGACAUUGCACAGUCUGCUGAGUGCGCCAGUUGCCACAGGUCUCCCAACGAUGUCGACUGGCGUGAUUAUGUUGCGAGAUACGAGCAUCCGCGAGCAACAGCCGGUCCUGAAGGAUAGUUCCUACUUCCGUGGCGUGUCGUAUACGUCUAGUUCGGGAUUUGCGGAUGCUUCGCUGUAUCAACUUGGGUCACUGCGUGAGCGAGACUGUAGUUCGACAUAUCUAACCGGACCGGGCGCUAUUGGGUUGUUGCCAUCGUCGCUUUCCUCGAAUGUGGCCGGUACCUUGGCGGCAUCGGCGGCCUCACGAGAGAACAACUCGAUCGUACUGCGUGAGUCAGGCAUCCUGUCAAGUCGCAUCUCGUCAACACGGCUGCUUUCGAGCAGCAUUGACAAGCGCAUCCUGCAGCAGAGUACGGAGGAUUGCCGACGGUUGCUGCAGCAGGCUCGCCCCGUUUCGAUGGGUGAAUCGAAUCGGUACACAAAACCACCGUCCCAUUCGCCGGUGAACAAUGAUCUCCAGCAGGCAGCCCAAUCACAGGCGUCUCCAGUGCCGGCAUCGAUGCCACAAUCCCAACGCUACUCGGAUCCACUAAAUGGCUUCAGCAAGGACUAUCUCACAAGCACAUCCGCUGCGUCGAACGAAACAUCGAUCACCGUGCCACCGUUCAAAGAUUACAUCAACAACAUUCAAACUUACUCGUACCUUCAGCACUACGAGCCCAACCUCACGGUCACGAGCUCGUCCGGAAGUGGUCACACUCCACCGCCACCGACGUCUAUCACGGCGCAAUACAGUUCCAGCACCGACGAGGGCUGUGAGACUGAUUUGGGAGACGACGACGUGCAGCAGUCGAUAGACAAGUCGAUCCAGCGGUUGAACUCCUUCGCCAGCUCAAGCUCGUCCAGUGGCGUAGUAACGAACAUCCAUCCGAAGAGCCUGAGCCAGAAUCUGAGCUGUGAUUCAUCCCGCAGCAACUUCUCGACCUUCGAAAGCCUGGAUCUCAACCUGUCCGAUUGUGCGGAGCUCGCCGGCAGUCUACCAUCCUGCACGGCCACGACGGAAGCGUACGAAAGUGUUGUAAAGGAUGAAGCUUCAUUCCGUGCUGUCACGAGCUCAGUGUGCAUCAAUCAGCCACAAUGCGUGUACGCCAUGUCUGAGAAGUCAGCUGGUGGUUCGUUCCUGAGAGCCAACACGGUGUACCAAGACGUGCACAAUGGUGACCAUCGCAGUAUUACUCGAUCACCCGUUGAUUUUCGUGAGGGACGACGUGCUAGCGAUGGACUGGUCACGCAGGGUCUGGUCAACACCGCGGAUCAUCCACUAAAUUCCCCGGUCGCAUUCAACAGUCAGCGCUUGAACGAAACCUGUAAAGCGAAGGGUGUGCUAGAGUUGCACCUGCUGCAAAAAGAAGCCGCCCAGCUAAAGGUGAAGUACCAGGCAAACGUGCCCCAGGACGAAAUUAAUGCACGUCAGAUCCAGCACAGCCAGUUCCGUGUGAACCCUCUGGACGGGCUCAUACUGAAACCAUCGGUAGGUCCUUCACACGGUAGCGUUUGCCUGGAGCAGAUGAACGGAGGCAAUGCAGGGUACUACAACAAAGUGACGGACUACGUAGGGCUUGCCCUCGGUGUGAAGACGGCAACGGUGGCGACCACCGGAGUCACCGAGCAUCCGGUGGGAAAGCUGGAUGCGGAACAGCUGCUGCUGCGGGCCAGUGUGGCCCGCUCGGACCAGCUAAGUGCUGCCGCCGCACAGCAGCUGCAGCAGAAGCCUCCGCUGCAGCAGCAACUCAUGCAGCACCGGUUGCUGCAGCAGAAGCGCCAAAUUCUGCAGAAGCAGGGCGCCAUGGAGGCGGGCCUGAGCCGGCGGCAAAUGCUGCGGCAGCACAGCUACAAGAUCGCACAGCAGACGCAAAUCCUGCCACCGCUACCGUACGGUGACAUGGCCGAAUCGCUGGACGGUGCCGGUUACCCGACGCUUCAAUCCGUCCGCGAGUCGGCGAUCCUGGAAGCGGAACCAAACUCCACCCUUGCGGAUCCGCUCGAUCUGUACUCACACCUACAUGCCCAUCAUUCGCACCUGCAUCAUCAUCACCACGCGCAGCAGCAACAGCAGCAGCAGCAUCUGCUUCUUCAGCAGCAACAACAGCAGCAGCUGAGUGCCGGAGGACCACAUGCCGUUCAUUUGUCCACGGAUCGGACUUCCCUGUGUUCGUGGAGCACGCUGCCGAGUUCGAUGAAAACGUGCCAGAUCAGUGAAGGGACACCCGCACCUGACAGCCCGUGGAAUGUGGCGGCACUCUACCACCAGAAUGUGCCGCCUGGUCCGCUGUACUCGACGCCGCAGUGGAUGGCACCGCACGUGUCCUCGAUUCCGCACUCAAUGCAGCUACCCUUGAGCGAAAGUCCCAUACCGGAGCUUGCCGAGCAGAUGGAGUCUAUUUGA